AUGGCUGCAACCAGGGACAGGCUUUCCUUGAGCAAAUUCUGCUCCCUGUUCUGCUGUCCUCCGUGGCCGAGCAAAAUCACCGCCAAGCUGGCCUGUUGGCCCCCCGACCCCACCUACACCCUGAGGCCUGACCAAAGUGGGAGUCGCUGGACGCUGGAUCUCUCUGAUGGUGCCUACCGGAAACUCUCUCACAGAGAAAAGGGGGCCAUUGAAUGUUCCAUGACCAAAACCAGCGCAGGGAACAGCAUUGCCUGCAUGUCCGUGCGUUGCGCCACCGAGGCCAGGUACACUGUGCUUUUCUCCCGUGGGAAUGCUGCUGACUCAGGUCAGAUGAGCCGCUUCUGCGUAGAGCUCGCUUCCCGGAUUAAGUGCAACAUAUUUUCAUACGACUUAGCCGGAUACGGAGCGAGUUCCAGAAAGCCGACGGAGAAGAAUCUGGCGGCUGACGCCGAAGCUGCUUGGGAAUAUUUAACAACAAGGUACGGAGUCCUCCCUGAAAACGUGAUUAUCAUGGGGGUUACAUUUAUAUAUGGCCAAAGUAUAGGAACGGUGCCAUCCGUGGACCUUGCGACUCGUCACGAAAGUGCGGCUGUCAUUCUUCACGCGCCUCCAACCUCCGAGCUGCGCUUAGCUUUCCCUAAGAUUAACAAGACCUAUUGGUUUGACCUGUUGCCAAAUAUUGACAAAAUCUCUAGCAUAACCUCUCCAGUGUUGCUAAUUCACGGGACUGACGACGAAGUGAUCAGCUUGUCACACAGCCUGGCGUUAUUUGAACUCUGCCAAAGACCUGUGGAACCACUCUGGGCAGAAGGCGCAGAACACAACGGCAUCGAGUACUACGAACAGUAUUAUGAGAGACUGAAGCAGUUUGUUUCACAGGAACUGAUGAACUUGUAA